AUGAGUGUUUUAGCUUAUAGUUCUGGUCGUAUUCAUUUUGUGCCGAAUGAUAAACAAACUCUCGAAAGGAAUUAUAAUGAUCGAUCAUGUAUUCAAAUACUUCAAGAUGAGGAUAUGACAAAUUAUUCAUUAAGAGCAAUUGACGUAGAAAAUAGUAACGCAAAAAUUUUUGAUUGUAUUAUAAAAGAUAGUAAUCAGUAUCGAUUUGGAGAAUCAUCUGAUGUACCUGAUGAAAUAAAUGAUUCGAAUGGAACUUAUCGUCUAUGGUUAUCUGGAGAUUCACGUAAAGCAUUCCACGAAACAUUACGAACAGUUGUUGAAAUGUUAUUUCCUAAAAGUUCACCGAACACGAAUUUCACAACUGCCAACAACACUUAUACCAAUAAAGAUUCGGUUAAAAUAGAUAAGCCGAAUAAAACAGUUAAUCUAACUUCUGAUGCAAGAGAUACACUCGUUGAUAUUCAUAACUUGAGUAGAUCUAUAAAACAAGGUAAUCAAGAUGAAGCAGCUCAAUUAACUACUCAGCUUACUUCACAAGGUAUUCGCAUUCAAGAUAAAUUAUUAAAACCAUUACAAAAUGAAGAAGAAUUUCAAAUUCUUGUCCAAUUCGAUGGUAAUGAAUAUGGUGUUGAUCAAAAUGGUGGAACAAUUCCUGUGAAAGUUUUCCCAUCAACUACAGUUCGAGAACUACGUGCAGCGUUCGAACUUGCAUAUAAUUAUUGUCCAACAAAUCAAUAUUUUUUUGUUAAUGGUCAAUUAGUUAAUGAUAAUUCAACAAUGACAGAAUUAACAGUUGGACCAAAUUCAUUAUUUGUUUUAUUUUUACUCACACAUCCAAAAAUAUUUAAGAAUAAUGGUCCUUGGAAUUGUUCAACUUGUUCAACACAAAAUCAAGAAAACGAUAUUCGAUGUAGUAUAUGUUUGGCAUUACGAGUAGAGUAA